GUCCGUCGAGGACUUCCUUGUCUGCACCUCGUCGUACGGAGUCCGCAAGCCAUGUCCCUCAUCUCCGGAAGAUUUGGCGGAAACCUCGCCGCCCUCGUCGUCUGGACCUCGGCCCUCCAGGUCGCCGCCUUCACCAAUCUUGCGGACAUUCCGUGCGGACGUUCCACUUCCGGUUCACGAUCAGCCCGCGUCGUUGGCGGAGGUGAUGCGGUCCCUCGGGAGUUCCCCUGGAUUGUCAGCAUCACCAGAAAGGGUGGACACUUCUGCGGUGGGACGAUAAUCGACUCAAGACACAUUCUCACCGCUGGCCAUUGCCUCUGCUCGGGGGCGUCUGAGAUUCCGGCUCGUCAGCUUCGCGUCAGCCUUGGAGAACACAAUCUUCGGGGCCCUGAAAACCCCCCGGCAAGACAGGAAAGCGUUGCCAGGGUGCUCAUCCAUCCGGGGCACAAGUGCGGCGGCUACGUCGACGACAUAGCUCUCCUCGAACUCACCAGGCCUGUUUCGUGGUCGGAAAGCGUAAGGCCCGCGUGUCUUCCUUGGGCUUCCGGUGCUGCGGAUUACAGCGCUUUUGAGGGUGAGAACGCCAUCGCUGCCGGAUGGGGAUGGCUCGGUGAAGACACCUCGAGACACAAGAGAGCAGACAUCCUGCAGAAGGUCGGCGUACGAGUUGUGAAAAAUGACGUAUGUCGAGAAUGGUACGCAAGUCAGGGUAGGAAAACCCGCGUCGAGCCACGACAGAUGUGUGCCGGUCACGAGGAAGGCGGCCGUGACUCUUGCUGGGUCGAACACGCCGUACAGUUUAGUCUGAGGGUCAGAUGCUCCGGGGAUUCAGAGCUCCUCAAGAUACUCGAGGCACAUGUCAAACAGGGCAACUUCGUCACCUUAUGCUUCUGGAUUUGUGCAGCCCUGACCAUUACCGGUUACUGCGGGUUACCGAUCAUUGACGUGGUUGCCGGUACAAAGACCGAACCGAGCAGAAUGAUCUUCAGGGCUUGGAACCCCUUUCCGGAUAUCUGGCCAGGCUACUUUCUUCAGCUAACGAUGAGCUAUCUGACGGGCGUCAUAACGGCUAGCUGGUCCACUUUAAUCGCUGUUCUCAUAAUUGUACCAACGUGCGAGAUGAAGGUCCUCGGUAUCGAGCUGGACGGAAUCAUAAAGGCUGCCAGUCUCCAUGAGAGGAAGGAUCGGGAACUCCAGAGGAGUGUUAAGAAUUGGGUGAAGAAGCACCUUGGCGUUAUUCGUUACGUCGAGAAGCUCGAUCGGGUCCUGAAUCGUCUCUUGCUAUUUGAUUUUGUCAUAUACUCCGGUAUAUUCUGUACGACGUUCUUUCAGUACAUCGUCUUAGGAUUGAGAUACGAGAUCGUCGUUGCGUCUGCGUACAUGGUCGCCAUGGCGAUUCAGAUAAUGAUGAUGUACUGGACCGGAAACGAAGUUAUAAUUCACAGCGAAUCUCUCGUCGAUGCGGCCUACAACAGCAUCUGGUACAAAGCACCUGUUUGGUACACGAUGACUAUUAGGAUAAUAAUGCAGCGUUGUCGAAAGCCCUUGACACUAAGGGUAUGGAAACUCUACAAAGUAUCGACGGAGACUUGUCUCACGAUAGCAAAGACGGCGUAUUCCUACUUUGCGAUUCUUCGACAUAUUUAUUUCAAGAAAUAAUCAUUUCAUGAUAAUGUACAUGCAUGUACAGUAGUUACAAAAUAGUUCACA